ACCGGGCGAAACACCUAUAGAUGUUACUCGACAGCUCUCCCUGAUGCUGCGCUGCCUCUUGUACCUUGCACAGCUCAUACUACAGCCUCGUCCGGGAUGACUGCGCGAAUAGAACGACGAUGCAAGAUUGAUAACGUUAUGGAGAAUGUUUGUCAGGACGAAGUGGUGAGACACGAGAGAUACAUUCUGGACAAUCGCCAAGUCGUGCGUAUUUCCACAAGAUCGCUGCUCUCCGAUCCGAACGUCAGCAAUUGUCAGAUGUCCAGAGAGUCAGACUUUGCCAGGAGAAUUAGUCAUUCGGAAUGGAUACGCAGGAAGCGCGAGGCUGCGCAACGCAAGCGAGAAGACGAGAAACAAGUGGCGAAGAAACGUCAGGAGGAGGAAGAGAAAAUAGCACAGGAGAAGGAGGAAAGAGCUCGACUGGAAAAGGAGAACUUUCUCAAAUGGAUGGAGGGCAAGAGGCGGCAAGAACUCGACAGAAAAGUGAUGUUCCAGAACGAAUUGGAAUUGCAGAAGCGUCUAAAGAAGAUCGAGGAGAACGCCACCGUCGUGAAGGCCCUGUACCUUCGCCAGUGGAUUCGCAAGAAGAAAGAAGAGCAGAGAGUUCGGCACAAGGAGCAGGAGUCGAGGCAGAAGGAGAUGAACGAAGAGCGCGAGAAAAGAUUGGAGCAGUGUUCGAAGGCUUACGAAAAGUGGAUGCAGACCUCUAAAAGUAAACCCAAGCCUGCUACGCAAGGAUUACUCCCACAUCAGAAAGCAAAGCCAGCGUACGUAAAUCCGAUUCCUUGGCAACCAAUCAUAGAAAUCGAUUCCGAUGAAACGUAAGAAGAUACAAAGACAGAGAUACGAGUUGAAGAUGAACGGCGGAAGGAGGCGAAGUCGUGCACGUUGCCGGCAUAA